UAAUAUGAAUCUGAUAUCUGCUAAAACGCAGAGGUUCGUAUCGUAACCUUGCGUUAAAGUCUUGUGGGGACGUAGUCUAUAUAAGCUCUGGAUUAUUAAAGGUGCGGCUGUUUACCUCUUUGUAUUCACAUUAUCAGUGCCCGUUAAUAUGAGACUUUAUCUGUUAGUUGCCGCGGUAUUUACCGUAGCAUCCGCCGAACAAUACACCACCCCUGUCCCAAUCCUCAAACAAAUCAACAAGCACAACGAGGACGGCUCAUACAGCUACGGCUACGAAGCCGCCGAUGGCACCUACAAAAUAGAGACCAAAUACCCCGAUGGCGAAGUUUACGGAAAAUACGGCUACAUCGACGACCAGGGCAAGCUCCGGACCGUCGAAUACGGCGCCAGCAGGAGAGGUUUCGAACCGGCCGGCAACGAAAUCCAGGUGCCUCCACCCACCUUGAAAAUCAACAACGACUACGCCAGGCCCUUAGGACAAGACGAAGACGAUGGCCAAUACAGAGAGGACCCCAGUGUUUACUAUAAAAAUGAUCCUUAUGCCCGAUCUAAUAACCAGCAAAGGUAUCCCCAGUCGAUUUACAGACAACCUCCUUUUGAACCACAGCCUGCCUAUAACCCCCGACCUGCUUACAGACCUCCGACUGCCUACAGACCCCAGCCUAGACCCCAGCCGGCUUACCAGCCUAGCUACCAGCCCAGUUACCAACCCUCUUUCAGGCCCCAGACUAGCUUCAAUAACUUCCCGAGCCAACCGAAUUAUUACAACCCUGCACCUCCUGCCUACCCCAAUUACCACCCUUUCCAAGGACACCCCGCCACGAACGUGGACCUAAACAGCGGGUCCUACACCGUAAACUAUAGACGAUAAGUUAGCUUUAAAUGUUCACUCGUUUUAUUUAAUCACUUCGUUAAGCGACCAAACUAGUCUUAUUUUUAUUUGUAACUUUGCAGGCAGUACUUUGUAUUUUCUUAAAGUUUAAGUAACUUAAGUCUGUUUUUUGUAUGGACCGAAAAAUAAACAUUUGUGAUAAACCA